AUGCUUGUAGGCGAAACCACUGACGCUAUUAUUUCUUCCGCUCCCAUUUUUCGUGUCAAUGCAAGAACCGUUGUACUUGAAUCGAAAUGCAUUGAUUCCGGUGUACGAAUUAAACUUUUCACCUCUCACCCUGCUUUAAUGUUCUACUUUAUUAGGUUUGGUGCAGUUGGCUCCCGCCACCACUUUGUCGGCUCAUUGAAUGUAUCGGCCUAUACGUUCGAUGACAGCACCAGAGCCUUUGCAAACAUCAGGCUCAGUGUAACUGACGCGAAGCCUAUAAUUCAGGUUGAUGAUGAUGGAGAGAUCAUCCCAACACUUGCAAAAAGAGUAAGAACGAAGGAGUUCCAAAGAACCCACCAAUUUUUAAAAAUGAAAUUUGUGGUAUAUAAACAUGUCUGGGAGAACAUUCAAGAUCAAAACGUUGUAAUCAACAGGGGGCUGAAUUCUGAGGCAUUUGCCCUUCAGCUUAGUGAUAUGUAUGAGGACCUGGUAUCCAAGGGGUUGAUUGUAGAGAACUACAACCCCGUUUUCGUGGAGGAAAGAAUCUCUCGACCCCAAUCUGAUCCCAAUACCAACAGACCUGUUCCUCGGGUCAUGAAAACAAUCUAUAGCUACAAUAACAGCUGUAAGAGAUUGGAAGACUCUUGGGAUGAUCGCUCCUUUGGGUAUGAUACCCUUUUGAAUGACACGACCGCAUUCAGGGAUUCUGAUAUUAUCAGUGAUGAGCGUGAAGAUACUAGCAGCGAAAGCUAA